AUGCAACAUUUUCAUUUUCCAUUCCCUCUGAUGGGGCCUGUCGUCGUUCUCUUCCUUUUUUUACUCUCUCAAGUUCAUGCGAGAGCGGUCUUUGCUCAUUUCAUGGUACAUACUGUCUCCCUCUGCAAGUCCGGUCGCAUUUUUGAGAGCAAGAUGCUGAUAUCUUACACUUAUAACUCCCCAAAUGCGUACUUUUAUUACAAUGAUAAACCUUUCGUCUCUACGUUCGAAGGCCCUGCCAACGCAGAAGACUGGGUGGAUAUCAAGUCAGAAACAGGUUGUUUCUUCAUACCAGACUGGUCAUCACUUGGAGCCAUGGAAGCAAUGGAGCAAGCUGAUGGUGUCGCUGAUGGGCUGUUUAGUUGGGCUGCCUGGCCAGAUGGUCCUGCGGAUAUGGAUACAUACACCGAUGCCUCCUAUAUAAACUACCUCCAGGCCAAGCCCUAUAUGAUGCCUGUCUCGCCGUGGUUUUUCACUAACCUGCCGGGUUAUGACAAGAAUUGGCUCUGGCGAGGAGACGACAUGUGGUUCGAUCGGUGGAACCAGGCGUUGUUUGUCGCGCCGGAAUUCAUUGAGAUCAUUUCAUGGAAUGAUUUUGGCGAAUCUCAUUAUAUCGCCAACAAGACAUACACUGCCUUUGAUAACGGACUGGCGCCUUACAACUAUGUCCUCGACAUGCCACAUGAUGGGUGGCGCGAUUUCCUUCCCUAUGUGAUUGAAACAUAUAAAAACAACAUGUCUACCAUCACCCAAGAAGGUGUGACUGGCUGGUAUCGCCUGAAUAAAGCUGGAGCCUGCUCCUCUGAUGGAGGAACCACUGGUGAUAUAGUCAGUGAGCUCCAGGUUGAGUACUGGCCUUAUGAGAUUGUGCAAGACAAAAUCUUCUACUCGGCUCUUCUCGGAUCUCAGGCCGAUAUCACGGUGUCCGUUGGUGGCACUGACCUUGGGGCCUCAUGGACCGCAACCCCCAGCGGUGAUGUUGGGGUUUAUCAUGGCAGCGUGUCAUUCUCUGGUCAUUCCGGUGCGGUGGUCAUUACAAUUAGUCGCGAUGGAGUUACAAUUGCCAGUAUAGACGGGCAAACAAUCUCGUCCGGUUGCGCUGCUGCUUCUGAUAUCGAAAAUUGGAAUGCCUGGGUUGGGAGCAGUAUGUCCUCCAGCACGAUCAGUGUAACUCCAGCCACAUCCCUUUCCAAUGAGACAUGUAUCGAGGGUUGGGGUGCUGGCAAUUUUCUCGGGCUCUGCUCCGCGGCCUGUUCUUGGGGCUACUGUCCAAUCAUUGCUUGUGUUUGUUCCAAACUCGGCCCGCCACCAACUGUACCGGAAGAGACCGGGGUCGAAGGCUAUCCGAUCUCUGGCGAAGAUGCUAGCUACAGUGGCCUGUGCUCGUUUGACUGCAAUCAUGGUUACUGUCCGAGUACUGCGUGCGGGACGGUCGAAGUAACUCUUACGGUUCCUACAGUGUCCGACUUCGCUGCGAAAGCAUGCACCGCCGGUGAGGGCACUGGCGACUUCGUUAAUCUUUGUGCUUUUGGUUGCGCACACGGCUUUUGUCCCAUCCAUGCUUGCAAUGGCACCGAGACUGGGACGCUCGACCUGUUUUCCGUGGUCAACAGCAGUGCCACAGCCCAUCUGAUCUCUGGCGAUGACGACUAUGGUCUAUGCGACUUUGCCUGCGGGCGUGACAGGUGCUAUGACCAGUGCGAACUUGGCGAUGCUUACUCAUAUAGUGACGAAUUAUCCUGUACGGACGAUGACACACGGUCCUGGUGCGAAGUGAUCUCGCCGUGUAAUUAUAGCCUGACUAUAUCUACGCUUGAGGACCUGGACAUCCAAAGUGCUUAUAUGCAGGAUGAGUGCAUUCCCUACUAUAUGUUGACCGUGUUGUGCAAUUUGAUCGACGAAUUGGUGGCAAACUAUACGGAGAUUAUGGCCGACAACAACUACAGCAAGACCCUGAAGUACUACAAGGAAUACGUCGAGAGUAAUAUCACCUCCACUCUCGCUAGUGUCAUGGAAUGGGCACCUGCCGGACCGGGCUUGUCUUACUUUGACUGCGUCAUCGAAUGGAAGGGCAAGAACGAGUCCGCGACAAGCUGUCCCAACUACAGCGCUACUGGAGUUUUCAGCGUAUACUAUGAGGUCAAGAACUCCACGGAAUUCGAGGAAAUGCUACUAGAGGACUACAGCAUCCAGCCCGACUGGUUCAAGUACGGUACCGAGAAGGACUCCUAUCUCUGCGAUGGAGAGAGUAUCCUGGCCCCUUCGUGCCAUGACUCUGUCGUCACAUAUAACAACAUACCCAAGAAGGCCGACUAUGUCAACAUCACCGAUCCCCGGGUAGUGGUCGAGAAAGCCCUACCAAAUCUGGACAACCUGCAGGCCAACAUCCUCGCGGUACAGCUGCAGAUCUUGCUGGGAUCUUGGCCCGGUUUCACGGACGACAUCAUACAGAGUAUCUCAUUUGCGGUGGAGCUUCUCCUUCAGGCAGUCAGUUCCAUGCAAGAAGUCGUGGCAAUUGGGAAGGCAGAAGAAGCCUGGAAGAAAAAGGAAAUGAUUGAGGAUAUCAUCAGCGCCAUCUUCCUGGCUAUUCCUUUUGUUGGCGAGGCAGACGCUAUCAGUGAUAUAUUCCUGGAUGUGUCCCGAGUUGUGACAGUAGUUGAAGACACUGUUAUUGUGGCUGAUAGUAUCUAUGAGAUUGUGGAGGAUCCUGACAAUCGUGUCGCCACGAUUUUGACAAUUCUCCUUCUGGUUGGGCAGCGCUCUGCAGAGGAAUACGGAACUAUGGCCGCAGCUCGCAAAUCUUUGAAUAGGAGAUCCUUUCUAUAGCACUAAACCGGUAGCCGAG